AUCGAUCAGCUCGAAGAUAGAGAACGCUCGGAUGACUUUUGUGGAUUUGGAUUUAUACAAUCGACGAUCGAAAGAAAGAGAAGCGUACUUGUCGGAAAAAAAGAUCAUCGCCUCCGCUCUGGAAAUGAAAAGAGAGAGAAAAGGGGAAUUAACAUCAGGAUGUAAUGAAGCCCGGCAAAUGGAGGGUAGUUUAAGCAUAGCGGAGAAUAUUAAGCAGUCAGAAAAAAAAAAAGCGAAGGAGGAUCGUGUACUUCCGCAACGGGUUCUGCGUCGAAUAGAAGUGUGCGUGCAUGAAAAAACUCAAACUGAAAGAACAAAAAUUCCAAUAAAUUUGAAAUACGAACAGAGAGGAGUUGUAACGUUUCAAUUAACUAGACAAUACUCGUUAGCGGAGAUUAUUAUGGUAAUCUGUUGUGUGCCACACUCCACGUCGUCACUCUGUUAUUCAUCCGAUAGUGAACGAAGAAUACAACACGCGGAACCAGCUAGCGGCCAAUCAGUUAAGUCGAGCAUUGUUUCGAACAAACACACGAGAGCAGAGGGUAGCCCCUAAUCCUUGCGGCCUAUCGAAAAUCCAUGAUCGAAAUAUAUCUACUCUGUCAAACGCAUGCGUACCUAGAUCGGGCUACCCUUUCGUCCGACAAGGAUUUUUACGGCUUUCAAUCCUGUCAGAAUGAAGGACGUGUCGCCUCUGGAUUUGCCAUCGAAAUCUUUGUUAUGUACUUUGCCAUAAAUCAGGAUGCGCUUCAAUCGAUGCGUUAUGAUCCGAUCAAAUUGCGGAAUAUAUUAAACGAACGCGGACGAUAUUCCCUCGACGUUUUUUUCAAUUCCUCUUACUAAA